CUCAUGUUCUAGGAUGCGCUAGGAAUCUCUCCAUCGCCACCCACUCAGAACCCUUCGCUCCGUCAUGGACGAUUUCCAGGCUUUCCAGAAGACCCUCUCCACCGCUCUCGUAUCCACCACGCGCACCGCGACCCAGCUCUGCGCCGAAGAUCUGGGCUUCCACCGCUCGCUCGACCCUUCUGUCGCCGUCUCGCUCGACCAGCAAAAUGCGCGCCUUCUUUCGCUGGCGGAACGCCUUCUUGGGAAUGCGGCUUCGGGUUCGGAAGUUGUAGGUCCCAAGCUGGAGGAUGCCGAUGCCGUUGAGGGCAACUGGAGGGGGGUUGUUGAUGUUGUCGACAGCUUGCUGGAGAGGGCCGAUACCAGUCUGGACGAGUACACGGGCAUUGUCAAGCGCUUGACGCCCAGCAAGGAGCAGUCUCCAGUCCCUGUGAGGGAGACCCGGAACAAAUUCAAGACGCAAGAUCUUCCCAAGCCACAAGCAUUAUUCGAGAGUGCUCCAGAUAACUAUGCGGUCGACAUCUGGAAGCCGCUCCUCACUUCAAAGCCACACGCGUCAGUCCCGCUCGAGAAGAGCUUGAACAAGUACAAAGACGAGGACGGAGUUGAGCAUGUCCAGCAUCCUUACCAAUCCGAAAUCGAAAACUACCAGUAUCCACCCUCGGUAUACACCAAGGCCGAUCCUAUCCCGUAUACGCCAUUUGAGAGCACCACUGCCACGUUAGUCGACACUCCGGAAGCAUUGGAGGCUAUGCUUAAAGAGUUGAAGAGCGCCAAAGAGAUUGCAAUUGAUCUGGAACACCACGACACUCGAACCUACAUUGGUAUCGUAUCCUUAAUGCAGAUCAGUACUCGGAACAAGGAUUGGAUCGUAGACACGUUGGUACCGUGGAGGAGAAGGCUGGAGUGCCUCAACGAAGUCUUUACGGACCCCAACAUCAUCAAAGUACUCCACGGCGCAUACAUGGACAUCAUUUGGCUGCAGCGCGAUCUUGGUCUUUACCUCGUUGGACUCUUCGACACGCACCAUGCGUCGCGAGCUCUGGGUUAUGCAGGUGGUAGCCUGGCUUUCCUUUUGCAGAAGUUUAUCAAUUUCACCGCGCAAAAACAGUACCAAACUGCCGACUGGAGGAUACGGCCGCUUCCCACCGAACUGUUCGACUAUGCACGAUCGGAUACCCAUUUCCUUCUUUACAUCUACGACAACAUGCGGAACGAGCUCAUUGACAGAUCCGACUUUUCGAAUCCGGAAGAGGACCGGGUGAAGAGGGUUUUGGAUAAAUCGAAAGAGACCGCAUUGCAGACUUACGAAAACCCCGUCUAUGACGAAGCCGAAGGCAGCGGCCCCAUGGGCUGGUACAGGGCUCUUUACCGUAAUCCCAACAUGUUCAACAAGGAGCAAUUUGCAGUUUUCAAGGCUGUCCACCAGUGGCGCGACAGCGUCGCCCGUCAAGAGGAUGAAAGCACACACUACGUCAUGGCCAACCACGCUCUGUUCAGCGUGGCGCGCGAGAUGCCUCUGGAAAAGCCCAAGCUGCUCAGCGUCGCGCAGCCCAUCUCACCGCUAGUACGUCUGCGCGCCGACGAGCUGGUCGGCACCAUUGCUCGCGCCAAGGAAGCCGGUGCAAACGGCCCUGAAAUGUGGCAAUUCUUCUCCAAGGCCGCUGGCGGCGCUCACGCACAGCCACUCGUGGCACCGCCAUCCAGCUCAGUAGGCUUGAGCACGGCUUUUGAAAGCCUAAAGAAACCUCAGGCCAACGUCGUAUCCGCACGCAGUGAAACGUCAAGCUUUUGGGGUAAGAUCUUCCCUAGCAGCCUGUGGCAGCAACGCCGGCCUGUCACGACCGACACGAUUCGCCUCGCGCUCCCGCUACCGCCGCUCACGGCUGAAAUAUUUGCCGACCCGGCUGAUGCUGCCGACGCGAAGCAGAAGCAGCAAGAAGAGAAGAAGGAGGUUGACCCCGGUGCGCGGGCUGAGCAUGCGUAUGUCAGGCCCGAGGACCGCAAGACCAAGAAGCAACAGGAGGACAUUUUCAUCGUGAAGCAGCUUGGCGGGCGCAAGCGCAAGCUUGAGGAGCUGGCGCGCGGCGGUCGCGGCAGUGGUGAUGCUGAGCCGGCGGAGGAACAGCAGGCGAAGAAGCAGGCCGCCGCGGGCGAGGAGCUGGACCACACGGCCAACAAGGUCGCGUUCCCGGAGGAGGCGCUCCGCGAGGGGAGCGAGGGCAUUCCAUUGGACGAGAGCAACCACACCAACAAGGAUGCGGCGAAGCGAGAGCGAAAGAAGGCAAAAAGGGCAGAGAAGAGAAGGCUGGCAGCGGAGGCGAGGAAGGCAGCCUCGAGCGGGGAAGCAAUGGAAGAAGACAACGACGAAAGCGUCGAGGAGGGUGAGGACGGCGGCGUGUCAUUGGAAGAAGAAGAAGAAGAAGAAGAAGAAGAAGAAGAAGAAGAAGAAGAAGAAGAAGAAGAAGAAGAAGAGCAGCCCUUUGAUUACGCGGCAGCGCCGAAUAUGCUCCAAGGGCAGCAGCAGCAGGGCAGGGACAGGAAGAAGGACAAGAAGGGCCGCAAGAAGGCGUUUAAUCCGUAUGCGAAGGGCAUGGAUGCGCCGAAGGGGCUGCCGCGCGCGCAGAAGGAGCGGUCGGGCAGGAGCGCGACGUUUAGGCAGUGA